UGCCCUUAACGUACCCUCUUGAAUCGUUUGCGAUCUCCAUUAAUCUUUCCUUUGAUGAUCGACGGCGGUAGCCCUCUAGCAGAUACAUACUGUUUCUCUUGUACCAAUUUUUUAACUCUGUCUAGGGUGCAUAGACCUCAGGAGAGUGUAGAUCUUUGCACUCUCCUUGGUCCUUUGCACUCUAACGACACCCUUUUCUUCUUCCCUAUCUCUGAACAGAGAAGAAGAGUUCAGGUUUACUAUCCAUGGUCAUUUGUGAACUUUGACAAACAUUUUUUGUUGAUCCGACAACAAAUGACCUUCAACGAUACCCCCUUCUUCUUUCCAAUCUCCGAUAAUGAAGAAGUGUGUAGAUCUGCAAUUUGUGACCCUUUGGUGGACGACGAUGCACGCCGUCCAUUGCGACGCCGGCUUAGGAGACCCUCAGCUUCACUCUCCGCCAACUUUGGUGGCUCUCCUAGCUGUACAUACGGUGGGCUGCGGCUGUAUGGCGGCGGUGGUGAGGGUGCGAGAGUUUGACGCGCAGAGAGACAUCAAGGGGGUGGAGGAGGUGGAGCGGCGGUGCGAGGUUGGGCCCGCCGGGGAGAUAUCCCUCUUCACCGAUCUCCUCGGCGACCCGAUGUGCCGGGUCCGAAACUCUCCGGCUUUUAUUAUGCUGGUGGCUGAGAAGGUGUGCAAAGAAGGAGAAGAAGCAGAGAUAGUGGGGAUGAUAAGGGGAUGUAUAAAGGUGGUUACUUGCGGGAAGAAACUUUCCAUAAAUGGCAGCGAUUCUGCCAAAACUCUUCCCGUCUACACCAAACUCGCCUACAUCCUAGGCCUCCGAGUUUCUCCUUCCUACAGGCGACUUGGAAUUGGGUUGAAGCUGGUGAGGAGAAUGGAGGAGUGGUUCAGAGAAAACGGGGCCCAGUACUCUUAUAUGGCGACCGAAAAAGACAACUUAGCCUCCAUCAACCUCUUCACCGGAAAAUGUGGCUACACCGAGUUCCGAUCGCCGGCGCUUUUGUGCCACCCCGUGUUCGGUCACCGGGUGCGGGUCAGCCACAGGGUCACAAUAAUCAAGCUCACCCCCUCGGACGCCGAGACACUCUACCGCCGCCAGUUGUCCACCGCCGAGUUCUUCCCUCGGGACAUCGACGUCGUGCUCAACAACCACCUCAGCCUGGGCACCUUCGUCGCCGUCCCACGCGGCGCCUACACACAGGAGUCCUGGCCUGGUGCGGAGCAGUUCCUAGCCGACCCGCCUGGCUCGUGGGCCAUGCUAAGCGCGUGGAACUGCAAGGACGUGUAUCGGCUGGAGCUUCGCGGGCUUUCACGUGUGAAGAGGGGGCUGGCAAAGAUCACCCGCAUGUUGGACCGGGCCUUCCCAUGGCUACACGUGCCAUCUGUGCCGGACCUGUUCCAACCCUUCGGGUUUCACUUCCUAUAUGGGCUUUGCGGCGAGGGCCCACUCGCCACCAAAUACAUCAAGGCGUUAUGCGGCUACGCCCACAACUUGGCUAAGGAUUUCGACUGCCAAGUGGUGGCAACCGAGGUGGCGAACAGUGACCCGAUCAAGAUAGGCAUCCCGCGCUGGGAGUGGCUGUGCGCCGAGGACGUAUGGUGCAUCAAGAGGCUGUGGGACGACUACAUCGACGGAGAUGGGAGUGAUUGGACCAGAUCGCCAACUGGUCCAUCUGUUUUUGUUGAUCCCAGAGAGGUAUAAUUCAGAAUAUCAAAAAGGAAAAAGUUUUGUUUUCAUUUUUUUUGCAGGGUUGGUGAGUACGUAUUAAUUCUUGUAAACAUAAUAUGAUCUCGACAUAUCUUCCUGUAAAUGAAUAUGAAUUUUUUGAGAUCCUAUUUCAUCCGAACAAAUUUCGGGUUUUAUUUUUUUUUUCA